AGAGAUGAUGAUUUAUGUGUGUUUUUUGCUGUCCAUGAGCGCUAGUGCUAUCAUUUCGCUUUUCUGGUUCUUUCAGCGAGCAGCGCUCGUGUGUGCUAGCACUAGCAGCUGGAAGGAUGAGAUCGUAGGAGGUUGUCUACUCACUAGAGUCUAGACGUCUAGUGUUAGCCUGUUGUAGCUAUUCAGGUGGAGUUGGUCGCAUCUAGUUCCGUUCGAUCGUUUGCUCGUGACAGUAGUAUCAGUAACUGUUGUCUUUCUCUGUUUUGGAAAAUGCAUCGUCUUCUGCUCUUUCUUGCACCAGUGCUUCUCCUGGCUUGUGUGCCCUCUUCUCAAGCGUUCUACGUGCAGUCGUGCCACUACUUCGGCCCUCAUUGCGGGCACAAGAUCGGAGACUUGGAAGCUACACAAGUAUUGGCCAACUUUUCAGUUGAUGUUCGUGAUUCUCAAAAGAACAUUUCGUGCGGUCUGAGCACGAAUGAGAGCAUCGAGUACUGUUCUUUGCCCCCAGAAUUUAUUGAGGAAGAACCCGAUCCAAACAGGCACCAGUGCUUCUCCUUGUACAGACUGUUCGCUGAUAGCAAUGAGCGGUUCUUGGUCGCGUCGGGUUGCAUCUUCGGCCAUGGCCUAAAUUUGUGCACGGGACACCAGUGCAACUUUAGUCAUGAUACUCAGCUGGCGCACAGCAACGAUUCGCUGCACUAUUGCUGCUGCCACAGCAGCGACUUCUGCAAUGGUGGCCGAAUAGUUGGACAUCCACCCAGUGUUAAGCCGGGAAUUACGACACUGACUUUCACAUCUUCUCCAGGACCAAUGGAGACAACAUCCGAGACGGAAAGCGGCAGCUCAUCAAUGACACUCAUUGUCCUGGCUAUUCUGUUGCCUGUUGUGGUGAUCUGUAUAUCCAUCUUGGCCGGCACGUGGUACUGGUCACAGAAACGCCGCUCCAUGCUGUAUGGCCACGAAACGCUGGUGAUGGAUACUAUCAACGGUCACGUGGCAGCUCCGGCUGCUGCAAAUCGGGAACAACCGCCCCAGGUGUCUGGGGAGCUUGAGGUGUUUCGCAAGUAUGGCAGUGUCAUUGGCUGUGGUCGAUUCUCCAAUGUGCACAAGGGCGAGUUGGACGGUGAGGAGGUAGCAAUCAAGGUGUUUGGCGAGAGUGACAUUGUGGCGUGGCAGAAUGAGUGGCGGAUCUACAACACGCUGCGUGUUCAGCACCAGAACAUCCUCUACUUCCGCGGUGCAAAAGAGGUCAUGAAUGGACCAGUAGUCAUGGAGCGUUAUCUGGUCACCGAGUAUCAUUCAAACGGGUCUCUUUCAGACUACUUGAAAAGAACGACGAUCACAUACCAGGAGUUGUGUAUCAAGGCCGUGUCCAUAGCACGGGGACUUGAGUUCCUCCAUACACAGAAGAGUCUUCGUGAUUUCAUUCCGCCGUACACCAAGCCAACGAUUGCACACCGCGACUUCAAGAGCAAGAACAUCCUGGUCAAGACGAAUCGAGAAUGCUGUGUAUCAGACUUUGGACUGGCAACUAGCUUCGGUGUCAAUGAAAGCCUUACGGAGCGACAGGGCAAGGUGGGAACGACACGCUAUAUGGCACCGGAGGUGCUCGAAGGAGCCAUUACCUUUCAAAUGGAGUCGUUCCUGCGUAUUGACAUUUAUGCGUUUGCUCUGGUGAUGUGGGAGCUCAUCACAAGGUGCAACUUCAAUGGAGUACCCGCCCAGGAAUACCGGGAACCGUUUGUGGACGAGGUCGGACAGAGCGCCACACAGAUGAACAUGCUGAGGUGUGUGGUGACGAAGAAGGAGAGACCUCGCUUUCCACCUCACUGUGUUAACCACCAGCGCUUGGAAAAGAUCGUUGGCAUUGUCGCCGAGUGCUGGGAUCCUGAUCCGGAGGCGAGACUCUCCGCUCAGUGUUUCCUGGACAACCUGAUGGAGGUGAUCGAGGACCCAGGGCUGAAAGCAGAGGAUGACGAUGCGAUGCCUACGGUGAAUAUUCCACCAAUGGGCAAAGACAAUGAGCCAGACUUCAUGGCAAGCAUCACAACUGGCAGAAGUCAGCAGUAUGAUGCUCCUGGUCAGAACGGCAGUACGUCUGGCCCGCCUGCCUACUCGUCCGGUAACUUUGGCCACGACGGCGUGCCCAAUGUUCUCAUACGGGAGAAUGCAGAUUACCACGAGGCAGCGGGCACUGCACCACCGCCCGAGUACGACACAUUUACGGACGACAGCACGUCACACUAUCGAGAACAGCAGUCACAACAGGCCAGGAUGCCGAAUGGCGGUCCCCAUCGCUAUAACAACCACGGCGCCAAUCAUGACGUCGGCAUGUCAUCAAUGUCCUCUCAAGGUCCUGCCGGUGGGCACUCCGCACAUUCUGCUGCUAGCUACUCGAACGGCCAUGUACCUAAUGGGCACGGCCACUGGAACAACAGUAGCAGCAGUGGCGCCGGCGCCAGCAGCAGAGGCAAUGCUGCUGCUGCUGCUGCGUUGCCCUCUAUGUCCAAUCAUGUAGAUGAUGGCCUGGUCUCUGCGUCUUCACAGCUACCAGCACGCGGAGAAAGCCUAUCGCGGGAUGCGAGAAGUCCAUCAGCCAACGUUCAAGAGUCCAGCCUGUAACUUAAUUAAUUGCAGUGUUUUUGGCCCGAUGGCAAUGCUGCACAUGUGCACGCUACUGUUGAGUAUUUACUAAUCUUCUUUCUGAUCAGCUGCUAUAAACCGGUACCGCAAUCCAUUUUGUACAGUCCUACUAAGGUUAUCUGAACCCGGUUAUCCGAACGUAUCAAUUUUCCAAACGCACAGAUAUGCGCAUUCUGCACAUCACAUCGUACAUUUCGUCUUGACAAUUUUUUUCUUUAUUUUCUGCUGCUGGCAUGGAUGAUUUGAGAAGCUCGAAAUGACUGACAAUGAUAUCAAGCAUGUUGCACCUGCGGCAAAUGUCGAUAAGGUCUUUGGCAGAUGUGGGCGUUUUAUUCAAUAUUCUGCAACAAUUUUUUAAAAAUUUGAUGGACCCGGAACUGAACACUGGCUAAUUAACACAUUUACACACAUCCAGAUCUAAAUGCUUUGGCUUAUUAUCAAGCACUCAUAAUGCUGUUCACACUUCCCCUAUAACUACAACAUGUCACGUUUAUAUUGAGCUAUGCAAGCACCAAGCAGGGAGUACGGUGCUUGUGCUGCUGCUCCAGUCAGAUCAGGCACUACCGACACGUUCCAAGUUGGCGAUGUUUCGUUUAUAAUAAUAGAUACUUUAAUGUAUUGUUAUGCAGUUGUAGCAACUCUAUAAUUCUGUUUUACUGACAUACCACUAGUACCAUGUCUGUUUCUGAACGGUGAAGUGUGUAAAGAUGAAUACUUGCUGCCCUA